AGAAACAAAACAGCAAUCAAUACAAUGGCGCCACUCAACUUCACCAAAACCAAAAAAAUUUAAACUCCAUACAGGAGUCAAAAAAUGAUUGCUGCCGUUUUUUGGGACGAAAAAGGUAUUCUUUUGGUUGAUUUUAUGGGAUGAGGGACAACAAUUACAGCUGAUGUGUAUUGUGAAACACUCAAUAAACUAAGACAUGCAAUCCAAAAUCGACAAUGUGGAAAACUGUAUAAUCCGGUAUAAUUCUCCUUACAACAAUGCACGUACUCACACUACAGCCAAGACCCAAAAGAAAAUUCAAGAUUUUCAUUGGGAACUUUUUAACUACCCACAGUCCCGACCAUGCACCUAGUGACUACUUCCUUUUCUUACAUUUCAAAAAAUGGCUUGGUGGACAACGCUUUGAAAAUGACAAGGAACUUCAGAACGCCGUUGAAAACAGGUUUAACUCGCAGGCGGCGAGCUUCUAUGCAGAUGGGUUAAGGAAGCUGGUGAAGCGGUACGAAAAAUGCUUAGAAGUAAACGGCGAUUAUAUGGAAAAGUGAAAAUGAUUAGUAGGAAACUAAAUAUGCUAAUAAAACCUAUUUCAUAAGGUUAUCAUUUUUUUAUGAUAAAAUGGCCCUUAGGUAUUUUUCGAAUAUGCCUCGUAUUACAA